AUGCUAUGUGUCUACCAACUUGUCCCGAAGGAUAGGUUUGCAACAUUCAGUAGCUUGGUCGCGGUAACGAUCGCGCUGGCAACUAUUACUGGACCUAUAAUAGGAGGCGCUCUAGGUCAUGAUAAAAUUUGGAGAUGGCUUUUUUACCUCAAUCUUCCUCCAGGAGCUAUCGUCCUGCUUCUAGCCCUGGUUUCAAUGCCGCCUGACUUUGCACAAAAACGUUCAGAGCCAAUCUUUUCAGCCAAAUCUUGGAAGUAUAUUCUUUGGCGCCUCGACCUCCCGGGCAUUUUCCUCCUACUUGGUGGCUCUCUUGUGCUUGUCACUGUGCUGGAUGAGACCAACAGUCAUUUCUCAUGGUCAUCGGCCAAGGCCAUUGCUCUGAUAAUCGUUUCCGCAGUUUUAUGGAUCGGGUUCAUUGUCUGGGAAAUCCUGGCUUCGAAUGAAAAAACAAGUUUCCUCGUCGGAGUUCCUUACAACUCCAUGAUUGUUUACUUACCUCAACGUUUUCAGGUACUUCUCGGUGACUCCGCUUUGAUGGCUGGCGCUCGUCUACUUGGAUACUCUGGAGUGACCGCGUUCUCAUCGACCUUUGCCAUCAUCAUCAGCACAAAAUUGCGUGUACCAUUUUUACCUAUUUUGAUUUUUGGCGCCAUGAUCAGCAUUGCUGGAACUGCACUUUUCUCAACCCUGCCUCUUUCAAAUGAGUGGCCAGCUUCUGGGUAUGGUUAUGAGAUAAUGGCAGGUUGUGGUAUGGGAAUCGCGUAUGGAAUAUCCAUGUUUGCGCUCCCGUACAUGCUAGACCUCAAAGACGUCCAGGAGGCCUCCGGUAUUAUUGUUCAGAUGCGCUACUUGGGAAGUUCUGUGGGUGUAUCGAUUGCAUCAAACAUCCUCAAUGGGAGGCUGAAAACUACAUCGAACUUUCUUUCAAACGACGCUUCCGAAAGACUGUCUCACAACGUCGGAUAUAUCAGCAAACUUGCACUGGAAGAUCAACAUCGUGUGCAGGAGAAUCUUGCAGAGAGCUAUCGAAUUCAAUUUCAAGUAUUGAUCGGCUUCGCAGUGGCCCAGUUAGCAGUGUCGUUUUUGCUGAUUCGAAGGGGAGCGCAGAUCAGGCCAUCUGAGACUUGA